GCUAUUUUUUUAUUAUUAUAUAAUGGCUGAGGCGCCUUGAGGAAAUGAAUGUGGCGGCCAAAACAGCCCCUAUAAUUGCGCUCAGUUCACUGCCGAAGCUUGGUUCUUUGAAUCGCAUGGCCAAUAAUCCUUCCCAGCUCCUUCCAUCAGAGCUAAUAGACAGGUGCAUAGGGUCGAAAAUCUGGGUGAUAAUGAAAGGAGACAAGGAGCUUGUUGGUACUCUCAGAGGCUUCGAUGUCUAUGUCAACAUGGUCCUCGAAGACGUCACUGAAUAUGAAGUCACAGCUGAAGGGCGGCGGAUUACCAAGCUUGAUCAGAUAUUACUAAAUGGAAAUAACAUUGCCAUUUUGGUUCCUGGUGGUUCUCCUGAUCCAGAAUGAAGGUGUAGUGGACCUCUGCUGAUUCUAGUUUUUCCUAUUUUCAUAUAAUUGAUGAUGGAUUACAUUCUCAUUAUUAAGAAAUUAUUCUGUCACCGUGAGUAUGGAUGUAGUUCCUAGGAGGAGAUGAUGAUGUUUGUUUUAAUGAUAAUAUUACAUUGUAGCUCAAA